AUGGUUCUCGGAGACGAUAACACCAAGAAAUCUCUCAAGCUCUUCCUCAAAAUCGGUUUGGAGGAGCAAACAGCCCUCGACACCGUCGACAGAAACAGUAGGGUCACCUCCGAUCUCACCGCGCUCAUUCACCAGGCUGGUGUCACUAAUGGGUGCGACCGAACUACUGGAAAUCUAUUGUACACGGUCGCUACUAAGUACUACGGAAAAGCUCUUGUGCAUCGUCCUACAUGGCUUAAGUACAUUGUUUCUUCUAAGAUAAAAUCUUUAGUACAGUUGGAUGCUGCAUAUUUGUAUUUAGGCAAUACCAGUGCUGAUGACUUCAAGCUAAAUGAAUUUGAGGAGGCAUUUGGUGUUGGGGUUGACGUUUCCCCAGAAGAUAUUGAGAGAACAGUUGAAGAAAUCUUUGAAGAGAAUAUGAAUACAGUAUUGCGGAUGCUUUACCGGACUAAUGUGGGUGAAUUUAUCGGACAUGUCCGGAAACGUUUCGCAUGGGCAAAUCCUAAGACCGUGAAGAGAGUCAUAGAUGAGAAAAUGUAUGAACUGCUUGGCGAGAGAACUGCUGCUGACAAUGAUAAACCUACAAAAAAGGAGAAGCCUGCCAGAGUAGAGAAUGCUGUUGUGGAAGUUGUCCCACAUCCAUCUCAAGAGGAGCUUAAUACAUAUUCUGUUCACACAGAAGUGUUUUUCAGUGACGGCUCUAUGCUCAGAUGUAGCAAUACGAAGGAAGUGCUUGACAAACAUCUAAAGAUGACUGGAGGAAAAGUUUAUACACGGUUGCCUCCUGAACCAAAUGGUUAUUUACAUAUUGGGCAUGCAAAGGCUAUGUUUGUUGAUUUCGGUCUUGCAAAGGAGCGAGGUGGCUACUGUUAUCUAAGAACCCAGCCUAGCUCAAUGCUGACUGGCUCACUGACAUAA